GCGAUUUUAUCUGUCACAAAAUGUCAAAACAGUGAAACGUGUUGAUUAAUAAAACGUUUUAAAUCUAUUAAAAUGGAUUUGUUGGAGAAUCCUGAUGUGAAAAGCACGUACGACAAGUGUAAAUACAUUGUGAAAGUUUGGGAACACAGUUUUAAAAAGACUCAAGGCCGCUUGCCCUCAAAGUUAGAUAUUCGAGAGGCCGAUAAAAAAGUUCGAGACGCUUAUCGACAAUACUACCAACUUAAAACUGCUGCAUUAGAACAAAGUUUUAAAGAUGUUGAAGGUUUUAAUUCGGAUGAUGAAAGUAAUGUUGAAACACAAGAAACUUCAUCAACAUCAAUAUCAACCACUGUUGAAACCGAGAUUGAAACACAAUCGAAGGAACCUUCUGAAGACACUUGGGGUUUGCAUCUCAACAAACAGUCUAAAAAAAGUGUUUCAAACAAACCAGACACUGAUAAUUCCACUCUUCCUAAAAAAUUAUUCUGUGGCUCAAAAUUAUCAAAACGAUACUCACGAAAAUCAUUUUCGCAGAAGAAAAGUGACACAAGUUUUGAUAAUUCAACUUCGUCACAAGCUUUAGUCGAAAAUGUUUCAAAAAACGACGAUGAUAAUUUAUCAUUUGAAGGAAUUUUUAGUAAAAGUAAUGUUAAAGUAAUGACUGUUGACAAGGUUUUGACCCAACCGACAAAUAUUAUUCAAAGUGUUAUUGACAAUAAUUACAAAACUCUAAAAUCGGUUGAUUCAGGCUGGUUAGAAAGAGUGGCGAUGAGUUCAGGAGUUGGAAAACUUCAGGAUUUCAGUGAUUUUCAUGAUGCAUCUGCCACGUGUCUUGAUUACAACAGUGACGAUAUUAUUGAUAAUUCAGAUGAAGAAAGUUCUGUGAAUUGUGCUAAAAAAAUAAAAAUUGAUUCUUCCCAAAGUGGGACAAUUAUUAAAGCUCAAACACAAAAUAUUAAAGAAACACAACCGAAAACCAUUGAAACCGAGGAUCCGUUUCAGUUUCAAGAGGUUUCUGACGACACAGAGAAAGUCUCGAAUGUUACAAGGAAGAAAACUAAAAAUAAAAGCACUAAAACAAUUAAAAAAGUUGAAGAGAAAAACAAAAAAAAUUUUCGAAAAUCUACCAGAAGUACUAAAACCCAAGCAGAUAUGACAGAGUCUCACAGUGAAAAUGAAGAUCCUUUUCAUUCAGAUAACGAUCUUGCAGAUCCAGAGUUUUCUCUUAGUGAGAGUAAAAAUAAAUUUUCAACUGUUAAUAUUUCACCACCAAAAACUACCAAAAAAGCUAAAAUCAGGCCAAAAAAAGGCAAAAAACCUGAAAUUCAACCUGAAGUGGACACAACUUACGAACUUGAAUAUUCCAUCAAACCACGAGUUUCUGCUCCACGUUUUAAAAAUUUAAAGAAACUUAUAAAAAUAGAAACCACAACUUCUUCUGAUGUUAAGGAGGGCCAAAUUAAGAGCAAACAUGAGCAACAACUGGAAAAACUAGAAAAGAAAAUUCAGUCAGGAAGCUUGAACGAGAACUUUAUUACAAUCAAUUUGAGGAAAAAAGUUUACUGUAGAGGUAAAAAGACUAUGACUUUUGGCAAGUUCAAAAAACAGCAAUGGAAAAACAAGAAGAAGGCACUUGCGGGUCCUGAUAUGGACAUGGGGGGUUGUGAUGGUGGGAUGUUGACUUGUUUUAAUUGUGGACAAACUGGACAUUUUGCCAGGAAUUGCACUAAAACAAAAGGUGAUGCUCUACUUCCGAUGAUAGAUGAUGAGGAAGUGUGUCCUUUUCCGACCCUUGAAGAGGCGGCUGAGAUGGCAAAAGCAAGUCAUUUAACGAUAAGGACACCAAAUUUGGAUUUGGAUAAAGAUUCAAAGAUGGAGCAACAAAAAUCUGAUAAUUCUGAUAAUGAAUUAUUUGAUGAUGUAGAAACAGAAGCCAUCUUGGCUGAGGCUUUGAGAUUAGAAGAACAUGCAGCAAAGUUAGAUUUGCAAUCUUACAUGGAUCAGGUCAAAGUUGUUGAGCCUUAUUAUAAAACCAAUGAGGAUGGUUCUGUUAUUGAUACUCCAAAAGAGGUUUUUAACGCACUUAAAAAUUUUGGUUACACGUCAUUCAGAAAUGGACAAGAAGAAGCAGUUAUGAGAAUUUUGUCAGGGAAAUCAACUUUAGUUACUUUAAGUACUGGUUCUGGUAAAAGUUUGUGUUACCAACUACCUGCUUAUUUAUAUUCAAGAAGAGAGUCUUGCAUUUCAUUGGUUAUUUCACCUCUUGUCUCUUUGAUGGAGGAUCAAAUUACAGGAAUACCGUUUUUUCUCAAAGCUGCUUGUUUACAUACUAAUCAAACUAAAGUACAGAGAGAAAAAAUUAUGGAGGCUAUUUCUUUGGGACAAUUGCAUGUGUUGUUGGUUUCGCCAGAAGCUGUUGUUGCAGGAGAAAGAUCAACUGGUUUUGGUUCUUUACUUCGGAAACUCCCUCCCAUUGCUUUUGCUUGUAUCGACGAAGCCCAUUGCGUUUCUCAAUGGUCCCAUAACUUCCGUCCCAGCUACCUCAUGAUUUGUCGCGUUUUACGCGAACGAAUGGGUGUUAAAACCGUGUUGGGUUUAACAGCAACUGCCACCAGAAGCACCAGUGACAGCAUAAUCACCCAUUUACAAAUCCCAGAUGGGAGGGCUGGAAUAAUAAGCGAUAAACCAUUACCAGACAAUCUCAUUCUCACAGUUUCAAAGGAUUAUCAAAGAGACCAAGCUUUACUGUCACUUUUAACAUCAGAAAGAUUUGCGAAAUGUAAAAGCAUCAUUAUUUAUUGCACUAGAAGGGAGGAAUGUGAUAGAAUUACGAAAUUUUUAAGAACGAAUUUUCGUGAUGUUGAACCUCUUAAUACUACGAAUAAGAAACGGAAACGUUUGAAUGUUCAAGCUGAGUCGUAUCAUGCCGGAAUGGCUGCAAGCAGGAGGAGGAGUGUUCAGAAGGCGUUUAUGUCUGGAGAAUUGAGAAUUGUUGUAGCAACGGUGGCUUUUGGAAUGGGGAUAAAUAAAUCAGAUAUAAGGGCUGUGAUUCAUUAUAAUAUGCCAAAGAAUUUUGAAAGUUAUGUUCAAGAGAUUGGACGUGCAGGGAGAGAUGGUCUACCGGCUCAUUGUCAUCUCUUCUUGGACGCAAAGGGUACCGAUGAAAACGAGUUGAGACGCCACAUUUUUGCGAAUUCCAUCGACCGUCACGUGAUUAGGAAAUUACUCCAAAAAAUAUUUCUACCAUGUUCUUGUAAAGGAACAUGUCCAAAACACGAAGUAGCUUUUUCAAUUGAAGAAACAGUGAGGGCAUUAGACAUCCCCGAGGAAAAUAUUUCGACACUUCUUUGCUAUUUAGAGUUACACGCAAAGAAAUACAUAGAACUGUUAAGUCCAGCUUACACUGUUUGUAAAGUCAUAUCAUACGGUGGAGCUUUGCAAAUAAGAAAAGCAGCCAAAGAAUGCCCCCCUUUAGCAAUGGCGUUAGCCCUGCAGAAGAAUAAAAAUGAAGAAAAUGUUAUAGAAUUCGCUGUUGUCGACAUCGCAGCCGCCAUUGGCUGGGAUAGUGGGAUUUGCAAACACAAACUCAAGAAUUUAGAAUGGACAACAGUCAAUGGUCAACCAAAACGGUCCACUUUAAGUGUCACGUUUUCGAACCUUGGAUUUAGAUUAUUGGCUCCUGGAAAUUUAGAUGAUGAACAACUCGAUGAAGCUUUGGAUAGCCUUUAUGAGCAUGUGGUAAAUCAAGAAAAAACCGCCCUUUUGCAACUACGAACAGUUCAUCAAACACUGAUCGAAGUUGCGGUUCCUUCCUACAAAUUGUGUUUGACUGAAGAACCAUCUGAACAUAAUAACAAACUAAAAUCUAAAAUAAGAGAAUAUUUUGAAUCACCUAAUCCCUUGGAAUCGAUUUCGCUCACGGAAAACCAACUUGUCGAUGAAGAUUUAGUUAUCAAUAAUAUUCGAGGACUUCUUUGCACUUAUAGAGAUAAUAAUUUUACUGGGAGAGCAGUAGCUCGUAUUUUUCAUGGUAUUACAAGUCCAAAUUAUCCAGCAGUGAUUUGGGGACGAUGCAAAUACUGGAGAUGUCAUAUUAAUGUUGAUUUUCAUAAGAUUUGUAAAUUAGCCACUAAAGAAAUUUUAUCUUAUAGGUAAUUUUUUAUAAACCAUCUGUUUUAAAUAGAAUACAAGUUUU